AUGCUCUCUGCCGCCAUCAUUGCCUUCUCCGCCUUCGCCAGCACCACGCGAGCUCUGCUGGAGGAAAAUAUUGUGGCCUUCAAGCCGUCACCAGGCGCUGUCCCGGUCCACAAUGCCACCAUCUAUUAUGCCGCCGACGAUCCAAUUGGGGUUGAGAUAGCCGCCCGCAGCUUGGCCGAAGAUCUUGCCGCCAUAACGGGGAACAAGUUCGACCUCACUCCUUACGGUGGUAACACCACUGUGUUGCCAGUCUUCCGGCCCGUGAACGAAGUCGUGUUGACACCUCCGAAGAAAGCUUCUACCACCGCAAUUCUGGCGGGAACUGUCGACUCGGAGCUGAUCCGCCACCUUGUCAACGAUGGCAAACUUGACGUCUCGGAAAUCCAGGGGAAAUGGGAGAGCUUCAAGACCAUUGUCGUCGAGCAGCCGAUCUCGGGGGUCACCCAUGCUUUAGUCAUUGCUGGCAGUGACAAGCGGGCUGUCAUGUUUGGCAUUUACACGCUCUCUGAGCAAUGCGGGCAGUCUCCGUUUCACUGGUGGGCAGAUGUACCAGCCAAGCAGCAUGACGAAAUAUACGCGGUCAACAAGAGUGUCGUCUUUGGGGAACCGAGUGUAAAGUAUCGCGGGCUUUUCAUCAAUGAUGAGGCACCGGGCCUCACAGGAUGGUGGUCCAAGGUCCAUGGCAAAGCUCACCAGCCGCUUGACACCGAGUUUUACCGGCAUGUCUUUGACAUGCUUGUCAGGUUGAAGGGCAACUUCAUGUGGCCGGCCUCCUGGAAGUCGUGGGUACCAAAACCAGGCAAUGUCUUCUUCACCGAUGACCCCGGCAACAUGGAGCUUGCCAAUGACUAUGGCAUCGUCAUAUCCACCAGCCACCAUGAGCCGAUGCAGCGGGCCACGAACGAGUGGGACGCCAGCCGCUAUGGGCCCUGGGACUGGGCCAAGAACAACGCGAACGUCGUUGACUUCAUGCGGGAAGGCGUGCGGCGAGCGGGUAAAAAUGAGUCAUAUUUCACCCUCGGCAUGCGCAGCGCCUCGGACGGUCCUAUAGAGGGCGACAAUCCGAUCGAGCUGCUUACAGAUGUGUUUCGGGUGCAGAGACAGCUCAUCGCAGACUACCACGGCAGUCCCACUGCCAUUCCUCAAAUGUGGACAAUCUACAAAGAAGUCAUGACGUACUAUGCUGCUGGGUUGGUGCCUCCAGACGACGUAACGCUGAUGUUUACCGACGACAACUGGGGCAAUAUUCAGCGGCUGCCCAUUGAUCUAGAAGCCAACCGCACAGGCGGCAUAGGCAUGUACUACCAUCUCCAGUAUACGGGCAUCCCAAAGUCAUACAAGUGGCAGAACACGAAUAAUCUGGCCAAGAUUUACAAGGAGCUAUGGCAGGCAUAUGAAAGAGGUGCUGAUCGCGUGUGGGUCACAAAUGUUGGCGACAUCAAACCUGUCGAGCUGCCCUUCAGUCUCAUCAUGGAGAUGUCCUGGAACAUGGAUAGUCUCAGCUUCGAGACACUACCCAAAUACCUUGAAGCGUUUGCCGUGCGCGAGUUCGAUGUCCAGAACGGCACGGAAAUUGCCUCCAUCAUGAUGUGGCACAGUCACCUUAUUGGAAGGCGAAAAUACGAGUCGACAGUAGCGACGACCUACUCGGUCAUCCACUAUUUUGAGAGCGAGCGGGUACUGCGAGAGUGGAAGCAACUCAGCGAUCGUGUACAAGCUGUGGCCAGGACGUUACCGGAGAACAGGCGAGCAGCGUUCUGGCACCACGUCGAGUACCCUAUCGAGGCCGGCCGUGCCUACCACGAGACUGUCGUCAAUGUCGGGAUUAACCAGCAGAUUGGCUGGGAACGGCGGAAUACUGCCAAUGCUGUCGCUCAGCAGGCGCUCGAUGCCUUCGAGCGGGAUUACGACUUGCUCGAGAAAUAUGACACCAUGCUCGAUGGCAAAUGGAGUGGCAUGCUCUCACAACCACAUUUUGAUCCAUACUACAGUCAGACGACCCCUGACGACUGGUGGGAGCCAACCAGGAACGCCGUAGCCGGACUAUGGUAUGUCCAGAUGCGAGAGAACGCGAGCUACAACUUUGGAAACCUGGGCAUCUAUGCAGAAUCCUCGUUGAGUGCGUACAAACAAGGGCGGAAUCUGCCCUCAGCUAUUCCAUCCGGACCGAUGGACUGGGACUUUCGCCCUAUUCUCUCUGUCAUGGACCCUCAAGGCAAGGGCGUAUGGCAUGUUGAUCUUUUCCAUCGCGGGGAUCAUCGUAUUCCAAUCACAUGGAACAUCUCUAGCAAGCCAGACUGGCUCACAGUAACCCCGGCGUCUGGCCAGCUGACCAAGUCUAUGCUAGAGCAGCGGCUCAAUUUCACCGUGGACUGGGACUCUGUCCCGCCUGGGCUCGACCAAUGGGUCUAUGUGGGAAUCGAGUUUGACACGCAUCCCUUCUUCGACCAGAUCCUGAUGCCGAUUAUGAACUUCCGCGUACCAGACGACUUUGUCGGCUUCCCCGAGUCGCAGAGCUUCAUAUCCAUCGAGGGACCACACUUCCAGAGGAAGUCUGAGGGCACUGUGUCCUUCGAGCAGAUCCCGUACCUCGGCACACGCUCUGAAUCAGGCUCCAUCGCGUUACGUCCUUACAAAGGUGCGCGUGCGGAACGUGCCGCUGCGCGGGAGGCAUGGGUCGAGUAUGACUUCUACCUGUAUUACGACACCGAGGUCUGGGCUCGGGCGUACAUCAACGGCGCGCUGGACACGGACCCGACGCUGAUGAUGGAAUUUUCAAUGACGAUUGACGGACAGCAAGCGGAUGCCAACUGGCAACGAGUGCUCGGCACGCCGGACAAACCAGGGGAUACGCCGCCGGGAUGGGCCGAGCACGUGGCAGAUCACGUAUGGAAACCCGAGGUGCGGUUUGGAAGACUCUCUGGCGGGAAACACACACUGCGGUGGAAAACAAACUCGCCAGAGGUGUAUCUUGAGAAGAUUGCGCUCGACACGCGGGGCGGGCUGAGUGCGAGCUAUCUCGGCCCACCAGAGACCAAGAUGGUAGGAAGGCAGAGUCGACAUGAGGAUGCCCCUUGA